GGAGACCCGGCGUGUGUGAGGGCGGACCCCAGAGGCUCGGAGGCCAAUGGCUUAUCGCAAGAGGCCGUAGCGGGCGGGGAAGACGGCCGACGCAGGCCCAACCCGAGGCUCGGGAGGUGGUUAGGGAGUGAAUUUUCUGGAAGGCGACUUUAAAGGCGCCGGGCUGGAGCGAAGGACGUUUUGGUGCCGCCGCCGCCGCCCGGGUCGGGGAGGGGACGCACUGGUGGCAGGAAGCGAGCUGCGCCAGGGUCGUCGCGGAACCAGCUGGUGACCCUGCAGGAUGAACCACAAGAGCAAAAAGCGGAUCCGCGAGGCCAAGCGGAGUGCGCGGCCGGAGCUGAAGGACUCGCUGGACUGGAUCCGGCACAACUACUACGAGAGCUUCUCGCUGAACCCGGCGGCCGUGGCGGACAAUGUGGAAAGGGCAGACGCCUUACAGUUGUCGGUGGGUGAAUUUGUGGAACGUUACGAAAGACCGUACAAGCCCGUGGUUCUGCUGAAUGCCCAAGAGGGCUGGUCCGCGCAGGAGAAAUGGACUCUGGAGCGCCUCAAAAGGAAAUACCGGAACCAGAAAUUCAAGUGUGGUGAGGAUAACGACGGCUAUUCCGUGAAGAUGAAGAUGAAAUACUACAUCGAGUACAUGGAGAGCACCCGAGAUGACAGCCCCCUUUACAUCUUUGACAGCAGCUAUGGGGAACACCCCAAAAGAAGGAAACUUUUGGAAGACUACAAGGUGCCCAAGUUCUUCACCGAUGACCUUUUCCAGUAUGCGGGGGAGAAGCGCAGGCCCCCUUACAGGUGGUUUGUGAUGGGGCCACCACGCUCUGGAACCGGAAUUCACAUCGACCCCCUGGGAACCAGUGCCUGGAAUGCCUUAGUCCAGGGCCACAAGCGCUGGUGCCUGUUCCCUACCAGCACCCCCAGGGAACUUAUCAAGGUGACCCGAGAAGAAGGAGGGAACCAGCAAGAUGAAGCUAUUACUUGGUUUAAUAUCAUCUAUCCCCGGACACAGCUUCCAACCUGGCCUCCCGAAUUCAAACCCCUGGAAAUCUUACAAAAACCAGGAGAGACUGUCUUUGUACCAGGAGGCUGGUGGCACGUUGUCCUCAACCUUGACGCCACCAUCGCCAUUACCCAGAAUUUUGCCAGCAGCACCAACUUCCCUGUUGUCUGGCACAAGACGGUAAGAGGGAGGCCAAAGUUAUCGAGGAAAUGGUAUCGGAUCUUGAGGCAGGAGCACCCUGAGUUGGCGGUGCUGGCUGACUCCGUCGACCUGCAGGAGUCCACGGGGAUCGCCUCCGACAGCUCCAGCGACUCGUCCAGCUCCUCCAGCUCCAGCUCGUCCGACUCGGACUCAGAGUGUGAGUCCGGCUCUGAAGGCGAGGGGACGAUGCACCGCAGGAAGAAGAGGAGGACGUGCAGCGCAGUGGGAAACGGGGACACCACCUCCCAGGACGACUGUGUGAGCAAAGAGCGCAGCUCCUCCAGAUUGUCAAGAAGUUAAAAAACUCUGCAUGCUUAGUGAAGCACCGAAGGCCUCCAUGAUGUCGCGUGAGAAGGUGCUGUGCUUCUCCUUUAAAACCAAGCUGGUCGACCGCAAGGCUGGAGGGUUGUGAUCCUUUGAAUGCCUUGUUGCAUCUGUUGCCUCGCUGGUGUUGGUGAGGGACUCCCGCCGUCCACGUGGCCGGCUGCACGCAAGCGGAGACGCCGAGAGUGGUGAGCGGUGAGUUCUGUGUGAAGCGAUUACGUGUAAGAAGGACCACGAGUGUGCCGCCUUCCUGUGUGCCGUCAUCCGUCCAGAAACGCAUUCGGUGGCAGUAACCCGGCCACUCACCACUGCCUAGUGCUAUCUUAGGAUUCGUUACUUUUUCUCCACAAUGAGAGAGGCUGUUAGAGUCCAGGGAUAAUUUUGUCAUCACAGAACUUAAAUUAUAAACAGGGCCAAGUUCUUAAAAGAUUUGUCGCCAUCAUUCCCACCACGUGAUCCAUAAGUCAGAAGCUCUCACUCUGUAAGAGGGUUCAUGAUAGUGUCCCCACUUCUUGGACCUGCAGACAUUAGGUGGGGAUCGUGUUACGUGCUGGGAAUAAAUGCAGAGGUGGUGCCUCUGGCCUUUGG